AAGUUAUUUCAUAAGUCUUUUUUUAGAUAAGGUCAAAUAAAUUUUACAAUAAAAGCAAAGCUUGAUGCUUGGAAAGAUCAGAAGGGCAUUUUAAUGGCGGCAUCGCCUGAACACGCAAUGGUCCUUAAUAAGUUUGUCAAACUUCAUCUCAACUACUCUACACCUUUUCUCUCUCUCCCUCUCUCUCUCUUCUCUCACAUGCGCCAUGGCCGCCACCUUGUUCCACCUUCUUCUCUUCUUUCUCAGCUGCACCACUACUAUCAUGGCCGGCAGCAAAAUCAGACAUGGUGGUGUCUUCUCCUUUGAUUUGAUUCAUCGCGACUCGCCUCUGAUCUCUCCUCUCUACCGACCUUCUUCUAAGACUGUUAGCCAAGCAGAGCAAUUAGCGCAACGCUCCGUGUCCCGCCUUUACCACUUAGCCUCCAGCCCCCCAUCCGCCACCGGUUUCCGGUCUCCGGUUGCCGCCGAUCCCGGCGACUAUCUCAUGAGGCUUGUCAUCGGAACUCCGGGGCGCGAGUUCUGGGCGGCCGUCUCCACAGGCAGCACCCUCGUCUGGACUCGGUGUCUCCCUUGUACCUCCUGCUUCCCGGAACCCGCGGCGCCGAUCUUCAACCCCCGCCUCUCCUCUACCUACCACGCAGUCGACUGCAACUCUUCCCUCUGUUCAAGACAUUAUGAAGUGGCUUGCGACCCAGAUCGUCGAUGCCACUACUCGUACGCCAACACCAAAGGAACUAUUUCCUCUGAAACGUUCACAUUCACCAUCCCCGGUUCGCCGAGAAACGUUGUAAUUCCGGCGAUCAUCUUCGGGUGCGACCACGAAGGCGGUCUGGAGAACAGCUCGGUCGACGGCGUCGUCGGCCUUGGCCGCGGAUCCUUGUCUCUCGUUUCUCAAUUAGGCUCUCACGUUGGCAACAAGUUUUCAUAUUGCCUGGUUCCAAGGGAUAAGAAGAACUCGACGGGGAGAAUCGAAUUCGGCGAAGCAAUUUCCGGUGCCGGAAACCUUCGACGGACGCCGAUGAAGACGGAAACUUACGAUCCGGAGGGAUAUUACGUCACUUUGAUUGAUCUAAGCGUCGGAAACAAGAGGUUGAACCUAAAUCGGCAAGAUGGUAGCGGUGAUCGGAGCGGUAGCGUGAGCAUGGUGAUCGAUUCAGGGACUCCAUUGACGGCACUGAGUGCAGAUGCUUACUACAACUUGACGUCUGCAAUAAACGAGAUUGUGAAGCUUCCACCAGGGGAGAGGAACUAUGGAUUCGAUCUGUGUUAUGCCGUCAAUGACGCGAGAGAUCUGAGAGGAUUUCCGGAGGUCACGCUGCAUUUCGAGGGCGGCGCAGAUUGGAUUCUGCCGCCUUCUACCGCCUUCUACCCUGCUGCAGUAGAUGUGGUCUGCCUUGCGAUGUUGCCUUCUUUCUACGGCAUCUCUGUGCUCGGCAACAUCGCGCAGCAGAACAUGCAUGUUGAGUUUGAUCUCCGCAAUAACAUGCUGUACUUCGCACCAAGAGAUUGUGCUAAUAAUAGUUAA